GUCUCUCAUUUGUAUUUUUUUUUAGAAAACCAUACCCUGCUUCAUUGUUGCACAGCCAUGUCAGGAUUUGAAGGCUUUCCAGAUUAUAUGGACAUUGAAAUGGUUGAUGGUCAAGACUGGAGCCUUUAUACCAGUAUCACGAAGAUGAAAGUCCCCUUGGAUCCAUUCGUGAAGGAACAUCUGGAUCCAAAGCACUGGGAUAAUAGCACUGAAGAGUCAGCUAGAUUGAAGCUUGUAGUCACCACCAUAUUUGAUUUGAUAAAAUUGCACAACAAUGAGACUGCAGGAGCACAUGUAUUCCAGAUGAGUAUUUCCUGUUGGUGGGAUGAUAAGACUCAUGCCACAGGUAGUAGUGAGGCAUCUGUGUACGAUGGACUAGACUUGGUAUGGAGUGGACCAGUGGCUCAUGUGUCAAAUGGAUUAUCUGGCAAAGAUGAGAUAGAGCCAAAAUACCUGCAGGAGUGCAUUGGGCAGCUAAAGAAAUAUGUGACGUCUGGGAAGGAAUACUUGAACAGGAAAGUCCCCCCAGAUGUCUUGCUGUUCUUUAGCUACUCUUCCAACUCUUCAGUGGUGUGCCACGCUACAGGUUUCUACCCUAAGAGAAUGAACAUCACUUGGAAGAAAGAUGGACAGGUGAUGAAAGAGGAUGUGGGGCCGAUACUGCCCAAUGGGGAUGGAACCUUCCAGAUAAGAGCCAUGAUUACUGUGUCACCUGAGGAGAGGAAGAAGAGCAACUUCACCUGUGAGGUGGAACACGUCAGUGGACUGAUCAUCAAGACCCUGAGUGAGGAAAAUGGUAAGAGAGCACUGGAACCUUGACUACCAUACUAUAUGUUAUUUCACACACU